AUGAGUUAUGGGGACAACAUUAACCUUCAGUAUGCUCUAUGGACCGAGGAGCAAGAUCUCUUCAAGCUCUUCGCGUAUAUCGGAUACAGCAUGGGUGCAGCGAUUGGUUUCGUCAAGAACCUUGGAAGCAGGCGGGAUUUGCCAGGCUUGAUGGAUAUCCGGAAUCGUUCUGGACAUGAUGCAAACGAUCUUCUCGCCAUGCUGUGGACAUGGCAGCACGGUGAUAUUACUGUGCUCUACCGUAAAGAUGAGGAAGAUGUAGGUAACACAUUGGGAAGAAUUAAGGCGAGAUGCUUGAUUCCUCCCUGCGCUACCGAUGUAUUCUUCCCGUAG